AUGUCUCCGCGGUCAAGUACAGACGUUUCACACCCGGACAUCAGCGAAGAAAAAGCCCACACUGGCCCCCAAAGAUACUCUAGCGAUAAGAGCGACAACGAAUUCGACGGCACCAAAUCCGACGAAGUGACUUACGCUCCGAUCACCGGUACCCACGAUGAAAGCGGUGCACCACUCCAGAAAGAGCGCUCGAAUGCGUCUAAAUCAGUCACAUCCAGGUCCCUAGAACGCAGCUGGUCAUUGAACGACGGCGUCAGUAUUGGCGGCCAUGAAGUCGACGAGGCUACGGUGGCGAGUGAGGAUGAAGCGUAUACUGUGGGCUGGGAGGAUAACGAUCCUAUGAAUCCACGCAAUAUGAGCAAAGCCCGACGGUGGCUGGUUGUGAUUAUUGUCUCAAUGGGUUCGCUUUGCGUAACUUGUGCGUCUUCGAUGUAUACCACGACAUAUGACCAAUUGAUGAGUGAGUUUGGGUGUUCGCAGAUAAUUGCGACUCUUGGAUUGUCGUUUUUUAUUUGGGGUCUUGGAAUUGGUCCGCUCUUUCUGAGUCCGUUAUCUGAGUUCUAUGGCCGGAGAAACAUUUAUAUCGUUUCGUUCUCGCUGUUUCUCGUGUGGCUUAUUCCGUGCGCGGUGGCUAAGAAUACUGAGACCAUGCUUGUCUCUCGGUUCUUCAAUGGAUUGUCAGGCAGUGCCUUCUUGAGUGUUGCUGGAGGUACUGUUGGUGACAUGUUUGAUCGCCAUGAACUUGCCCUUCCUAUGAUGCUCUACACUGCGAGCCCAUUUGUGGGCCCCGAAGUCGGUCCUCUGGUUGGUGGCUUCAUUAAUGCAUUCACCACAUGGCGUUGGACGUUUUAUGUGCUCCUGAUUUGGACGGGAGGGAUGCUCGCCUCUAUAGUAUUCUUCGUUCCAGAGACCUAUCACCCAGUACUCUUGAGGCGCAAGGCGCAGAAGCUGCGCCAGGAGACCGGAGACGAUCGAUGGAAAGCUCCAAUCGAAAAGCUGCAGCGCUCUGUGGCCCACACGGUCAUGAAUUCCAUGUACCGGCCCAUCUUGCUCUUGACAUUGGAACCCAUGUGUCUAUGCCUUUGCAUUUUCUCGGCCAUCCUAUUGGGUAUUCUGUACCUCUUCUUCGGUGCUUUCCAGCUAGUUUUCUCCGAGGUGUAUGGGCUCGUAAUAUGGCAACGCGGACUGUGUUUCCUUGGUCUCUUUGUCGGAAUGGUUAUAGCCAUUUUGUCGGAUCCAAUCUGGCGCCGCAACUACGCUCGCUUGGAGCGUAACCAUGAGAAAGCCACGAACAAGCUCGACGACUUCCAGCCAGAGUGGCGACUGCCCCCAGCGAUUCUGGGAGGACCCUUCGUUACUAUAGGUCUUUUCAUUUUUGCUUGGACAAUCUACCCGAAUGUCCAUUGGAUUGCGCCUAUCAUUGGCAGUGCUGUUUUUGGUGCAGGGACAAUCCUGGUCUACUCGGGAAUCUUCACAUUCCUUGUCGAUGCGUAUCCAACAUUUGCCGCCAGCGCUCUGGCAGCGAACAGCUUCACUCGGUCAUCCUUUGGAGGCAUAUUCCCACUAUUCGGGAUGCAAAUGUAUAACAACCUCGGAUAUCACUGGGCAACUUCCUUGUUAGCGUUUCUGACCCUUGUCAUGACCCCUUUUCCGUAUUUAUUCUUUCGGUACGGUAGCUGGAUCCGAAGUAAGAGCCGGUUCGCAAAAUCACAGGCGUGA